AUGUGUCAUAUGAAAUGUAUAUUCUAUUUGAUUUUUAUUCGUUGGACUGUGGCUAUACCACAAAUCAAUCUUUAUUAUACAAAUCAAGUAAGUGAAAGUGAAAAGUAUGAUGAAAUUGGUAUACGAUAUAAUUGUAUUCGACUUGCUUCAAAUUUGGAUCAAGCAGAUUCUACUCGACAAAUCUCAUCUUAUUGUAUGAGUGAAUCAUCAUUGAAAUUUCAUAUUGAAAAUGAUAAUUCAUUUCCAACAUUUUCUUUUGGUAAUCUUGCAAAAAAGAAUAUUACAAGUGAAGAUUUAUAUUUCUGGUCAACACCAAUUGAUAUUAUUGAACAAUAUCAAAUCUAUUUACUAUCAAAUGAUUCGUCUUUAGCGGAAAAAAUCUUUUAUAAUUGUACAUUACCAAGAUUCGGAUCAAUGUGUCAAUAUGAACUUUAUAUAUAUCAUGAAAAUUAUUCAUCAUUAUAUGAAAUGAUUUCUAGUUAUUAUGAAAAUUAUCUUUAUGAUCCAACUAAUCUAACUUGUUAUACACAUGUACAAUGUCAUCGUGGUUAUUCACCAGCAUGUUUAGAUUGGACAGAAAUUUGUGAUGGUAAAGUUGAUUGUCUUGAUGGAGAAUAUGAUGAAGAACAUUGUUGGGAACUUGAAUUUAGUGACUGUAAACCAAAUGAGUAUCGAUGUAAUAUUGGACAAUGUAUCCCAAACGAAUUUGUUCAAGAUGAUACGAAGAAUUUUGAUUGUAUUGACAGAUCUGAUGAACGUGUGAGAAAAAACAUUGAACUGGAAAAGUUUUUAGCAGCUGAACCAGCAUUUGCACAUGAUGACACAAUCUGUCGAUUUAUAUUUGUAACAAGUUCUUGUAUAUAUUCGCGUGAAUCAACAUUAAUAGAAUCGAUGUUUUCAAUUAAAGAUAAUAAUGUAUCAGACGAAUGUUGGUCAGCUUAUAAAUGUUACUUUGCUAUUAGAACUGCAGAACAUCCAAAUCUUAUAACUUACAAGAUUAUCAACGAAGAGUGUAUACCUAUUAUAAGAAAAACAUGUCCAGAUAUGUUAUAUAUUCCCAAUAUUCCAAUAUUCUUUGGUCAUGUUUAUACAGCUUACAAGAAAAUUGAAUUACUAGAUCCUCAAGUUUUCUUAAAUUUGCCUUAUUUAUGUUCGAACAAAUCUUUUUAUGACGAUUCACUUGAACUAGUUUUAGAUACGCCAUGGAAUAAUACAAUGUGUUUUAAAUUGUCUCGAUUCACACCUUGGUCGGUACCCCCACUUUUUAUACCUGAUGUCACUUCUCAAUUUCAGAAACCUAAGGACAACGUUUUUCAAAUAAUAAAAAAUCAUCAUGCAAUAAUUAAUUUUCCUCGACAUCGAUGUAAUCAAUCCAAUUUCUAUCAAUGUAGUAAUUCAUCCAAAUGUAUUUCAUUCCAUCGUUUAAUCAAUGGUGUAACUGAUUGUCCUUUUCAUGAUGAUGAGAAUAUAUAUGAAGAUACAAAUCCUGAAUUAUUCGUAGAAGUCAAACACAAAUAUUAUAAAUGUCAUGUCACCAACAAAUAUAUUGCUCAAUUAGAAGUUUUAGAUGGUAAGUGUCACUGUGGACUUGAUGAAUACAACUUCUGUGAAGAUGAACAUAUAAUCGAAAACUUUACUCGAAGAACUCUAUCUUUUCAGACAACUUGUGAUGAUUUUCAGGAGUUAUAUCCAAUAACAAUUGAUGGAAAAAAUGAGACAGAUGAAACUGAAUGUGAACAAUGGGAAUGUGAUAAUAUGUAUACUCAUUGCAAUGAAAUAUGGAAUUGUUUAGAUGGUAAAGAUGAAAUGAAUUGUGAUUAUUCAUUACCACCAUUAAUUAAUUGUUCGUCAGAUUACCGAAUGUGUGUAAAAUUAGAUACAUAUCAAUUGACAUGUUUACCAAUUAAUAACGUUAAUGAUGGUAUACCUGAUUGUCUUGGUGGUACUGAUGAACGAGCAUCAUGUCAAUCACUACCAUAUACUGAUUUAUAUGGACGAUUUGCUUGUCAGAGAACUUACAAACCAAUAUGUCUUUUACCUUAUAAUUUAUGCGACGGUUUUGCAUCGUGUUUAUAUAAAGACGACGAACUAUUUUGUCAAACAAAUAGGUCAUCUCUCAUAUUCCGUAGUGUUUGUCAAAUGGACGAUACACGAUCGCUUUCUUAUGUUGAAAAAUUUUUAUGUGUUGCUGCAAAGAUUAAAGAUAGAAACAAAAUAGAAUAUUUUACAAUUGAUGGAUUCAAUCAAUCAUUUGAAAAUGAAGUAAAUGAAAAUCAACAAAUUGAUGUAAUAUAUACAGACGUCCUUGAUGAAUCUCCUUGUCAUCGUGGUCUUGAUUUACGCGUCUGGUUAAACAAAUCAUCAAAUAUUUUUACAAGCACAUGUCUUUGUCCACCAAGUUAUUAUGGUAAUCAAUGUCAAUAUCAGAAUCAACGCUUAAUUUUAUCAAUAAGAUUUCAAGUUUCAGCUCAAUCAAGACAAAUUUUAUUUGCAAUCUUAAUUAUGCUUAUUGAUAAUACAAAUCAACGAAUGAUUCAUUCAUAUGAACAAUUUACUUAUUUAUCUAUACGAGAUUGUAAUGUUAAAUUUAAUGUUUAUUUAGUUUAUUCAACUCGACCAAAAGAUAUGAACAAAAAUUAUUCAAUACAUAUUGAUAUUUAUGAAAAACUUUCUCUCAAAUAUCGAGCAAGUUUUAAUUAUCCUGUCAAAUUUUUAUUUUUACCUGUUCAUCAUUUAGCAUUUAUUAUAAAUAUCCCAUUAGAAGACGAUUAUUCUUGUUCAGAUAAGAAAUGUCUUCAUGGAAAAUGUCUAAACUACUUUAAUACAAAAGAAACAUUUUGUCAAUGUGAUCAAAAAUGGUCUGGAGAAUAUUGUGAUAUUCCACAAAAUAACUGUAAUUGUUCAUCCAAUUCAAUAUGUAUUGAUCGGGCGAGUGAUAAUCGAUCAAUAUGUAUUUGCCGAGAAUAUUAUUUUGGUUCAAAAUGUUACCUUCGAAAUCGAAUAUGUGAUAAUUCACCAUGUCGAAAUAAUGGUUCAUGUAUUCCAUAUGAUGAUUUUAUGUUAACGAAGAUUCAAAAAUAUUUGUGCAUAUGUCCAAAAGGUUUCAGUGGGGAUCGAUGUGAAUUAAUUAAUACUCAAGUUGAUCUUAUAUUUGAUAAAAAUAUUCAUUUAUCUCAUUCAAUUUUUAUUCAUUUCAUAACAAUUAUACCAAAAUCAACACCAGAAAGAUCAACCACUUUACAAACAAUAUCUCAAGCAACAAAUUCUAUUCGAAUUUAUUGGUCACAACCAUUUCAUCUAAUGUUCAUUGAAACAUUAGAUAAAAAGUAUUAUUUAACUGUUAUUCAACCAGUUCAUAAUUAUUCAACAAAAAUAACUCAAAGAAUGAAUUCAUCACAUCAUUGCCCAUCGAUCAAUAAAUUAGUUAAUGACACAUUUGCUCAACUUCAUGCUAUUCGUCGUAUGAAAUAUUAUCAUUCAUUAAUUUGUCAAAAAAAUUCACCAAAUUUAUUAUGUUUCCAUGAUGAUAUUCAUAUUUGCUUAUGUUAUGAUUAUCAGAGAAAACGUUUGGCAAAUUGUUUUAAUUUUAAUCAUCAAAUGAAAUUUGAUUGUUUUGGAAAAAACCAAUGUGAACAUAAUGGCCAAUGUUUUCAAGAUUCACCUGACUGUCCUACACGAUCGAUUUGUGUUUGUCCUUCAUGUUAUUAUGGAACUCGAUGUCAAUUUACAACAAGUGAAUUUGGUUUAUCACUUGAUGCUAUUUUAGCCUAUCAUAUUAUUCCCGAUGCCAACAUUAUUCAUCAAACAUCAAUUGUUAAAAUGAGUUUAUCAAUAACAAUUUUAUUUAUGAUUUUCGGAUUAAUUAAUGGUAUUCUUUCAUUAAUUACAUUUAAGAAUGAAAGUGUACGUCAAGUUGGUUGUGGAGUAUAUUUAUUAGGUUCAUCAAUAACAACUUUGUUAACAAUGAUUAUGUUUGGAUUAAAAUAUUUUAUUUAUCUUUCAACACAAAUAUCAGUUUCAUCAAAUCAAUCAUUUUUAAAAGUUCAAUGUCAUUUAUUAGAUUUUCUUCUUCAAAUUUGUCUUAAUAUGGAUCAAUGGUUAAAUGCAUGUGUUGCAUUAGAAAGAGCGAUCACUGUUAUUCAAGGAGUACGAUUUGUGAAGAAGAAAAGUAAAGAAUUAGCUAAAAAAGUUUUCGUUUUUCUUUUAAUUUUAAAUAUUUUAACAUCAAUACAUGAUCCAAUUUAUCGACGUUUAUUUCAAGAAGAAAAUGAUAAUGAUGAUAAUAAAACAAUAAUUUGGUGUAUUGUUAAUUAUUCUUCAAAUUUACAAAUUUAUAAUCGAAUUAUUAAUACAUUUCAUUUUUUCGUUCCAUUUCUGAUUAAUCUUAUUUCAUCUAUUAUUUUAAUAGUAAAAAAAUCUCAUCUAAAACGUCAUCUUCAAAAAAAUCAACCGUAUAGAAAUAUAGUACGUGAACAAAUUCGAGAACAUAAACAUUUAUUAAUUGCACCUGCGGUUUUAUUUCUUCUUGCAUUACCACGUUUAAUUCUUUCUUAUUUAUCCAAAUGUAUGAAUUCAACAAAAGAUUCUUGGUUAUUUCUUUGUGGAUAUUUUAUAUCAUUUAUUCCGCCAAUGAUUACUUUUAUUAUCUUUGUUUUACCAUCAGAAUUUUACAGCCAAGAAUAUCAAAAGUCUAUUGUAAAAUAUCAAAAUCAGAUUCAACAACGGUUUCGUCGAACAUUAUAA